GAUGCAUAAUAAUCAUAACGCAUAGUGAACAUGUCGUUCUCAACAUAAGCAUCAGAUAACCAGGCAACCAAUGAAACUGGUAGGGUAGAUGGCAUCCUUUCAGCCUCGCCCAAUUGCAUCAUUUUAAACAACCAAAAAUCGACAUCGGGGGCUUAGGUGAGAAAAAAAAUCACUCGACGUCUUCUCUCUCUUCCUGGCGGCACGCAUCAGUCAUACUGCAAUAAGCCUUCAUGGUUGCGUCGCAGAAAAAGAUGUCAAUAAAGACAACAAAGAGCAAAAGAGCGAUGGACGAAACCUCUUUUACAGAAGAUGUGUAUGAUGAUUCUUACAAACCGAAGAAGGGCCCGAGUCCUCCAAGACAAAUAGUCUGGAGAAACGUCGUGUUAAUGUCUCUCUUGCACAUAGGAGCUCUUUAUGGACUGAUUGUUAUACCAUCCGCCUCUGCCUUAACCCUCAUAUGGAGCGGAGUGUGUUUCAUGAUAAGUGCUCUAGGAAUUACUGCUGGCGCCCAUCGUCUUUGGAGCCACAGGUCUUACAAAGCCUCAUUGCCAUUAAGAAUCUUCUUAGCUGUUGCAAACUCCAUGGCUUUUCAGAAUGAUAUCUAUGAGUGGGCCAGAGACCAUCGCGUUCACCACAAGUUUUCGGAGACUGAUGCAGACCCACACAAUGCCCGGAGGGGAUUUUUUUUCGCUCACAUUGGCUGGCUGCUGGUCCGUAAACACCCAGAUGUUAUUGAGAAAGGGAAGAAGCUGGAGCUCAGUGAUCUUAAAGCAGAUGGAGUUGUAAUGUUUCAGAGGAGGUAUUACAAGUUGUCUGUGCUGGUAAUGUGCUUUUUCAUUCCCAUGUGGGUACCUUGGUUCUUUUGGGAAGAGAGUCUUUGGAUGAGUUACCUCAUUCCUUGUCUGUUGAGAUAUGCAUUGGUCCUUAAUGCAAGUUGGCUGGUCAACAGUGCAGCUCACAUGUGGGGAAUGAGACCCUAUGACCACAACAUCAAUCCUAGAGAGAACAAGCUGGUUGCCUUUAGCGCCAUCGGUGAAGGAUUUCACAACUACCAUCACACGUUCCCCCAUGAUUAUGCUACAAGUGAGUUUGGCAGUCAGCUGAAUGUGACAAAAGGAUUUAUAGAUCUCAUGUGCUACUUCGGCCUGGCCUCGAACUGCAGAAGGGUUCCCCAUGAGACUGUCAUGGCCCGUGUUAAACGCACUGGCGAUGGCAGCCACAAAAGUGGUUAAUUUAUUCAUUUUAUGUCAUAAACAAAAUGUUACGGUAAGCCAAAAUACACAAAUGCAUUUGCGGCAUUUCACCAUGUACAAUGAAGAUUGAUUUGUAUCCACUCUUAGAUAAGAAACUCUAGAGUGCAUUGUACUAACAUUCAUUCUAAGAAAUCUUUUUCCUUUUCAUAAAGUGUAUUGGACUGUGGAGAUGUUUUGGUGAUGGUAAAGACCACAGAUUGGGAGGAUAAUAAUAUCUCCCUCUGCCUCCAGUGGCAAGAAAUGGUACUUCACUAGUUAAACAGCCAUGUGCCUCAUUACAGCCCUCUCUCAUGAAUAGGUUGACCCAUAUUUCCCUGGUUAAAUAAUAACUGCUCUGAUUUAGAAAUUUCAGUGUGCUUUGCAUCUGUCUAUAUAUACGAAUCACCUGGCAAUAUUUUAAUUUCUUUGCUAUUUAGGUGGUUAAAGCUGAGUUCUAUCUGAAAUAUAAAUAGCAUUACUGAUCAAAGUAUAUGCGGUUACAAGUCAGAAAAGUGCUAGGACACAGAUAAUGGGUUUUGAGGUCAUUGGAAAAUUAUAUGCUUUAGCAAAACUACACCUAGCUGCUUUGAGCUCUAGUGAGAAUAAAUAUCUGUUUUUCAGUAUAGACAGUUUAUAUGAAAAAGUUGUGGAUUAUUCAUCUUCUGGCAUUGUUGUUAGAAACAGUAUGAAAUGAUGCUACACGCCAGGGCAAAAGUUGUAUUAUCAGCACUGUAAAAAAAAUUGCAGCAUAAAAUUGGUUAUGCAAGUCAAUUCAACCCCUUAUGAUAAGUUGUCAUAAUUUAUAAAAAAGGUAAUUUGUCAAUUUAAAGUAACAUAAAAAUAUAUGUUGAUUUGAUAGAAUUUUUACGGUGUGCUAAAUGAAUUUUCUCAAGUAAAUUGAUUAAUUCACCAUAAAUUUGAAUUUGAAAUUAUAUUUUAAAGACUAAUAUUGUUGUGGUGUCCUGUAUUCGUAUUUAAAUGCACUGAAGCUUCAAAAGACUAUAUCUAAAAUUAUGUAAUCAUAUUUAUUUGUUGGGGUUAAUGUAUUACAGUUUUAUUGUGAGACAUUUAUUUGUCCUUUAUUACAUGAACUGAAAUUUUGAACAUGUAAAGUUUGUUUUCAUAACUUGCCCUUUGCCUUAUACAAGAUAUAUACGUUUUUUUUGGCUAGACCCAGAAGUGGAAUACAAAGAAGAUAAUUUAUAGCUUCAGAUACAUUUCCAAAUAGUGAGCAUUAAUGUUUAUGCAUGGAUCUUUUAUUGGGUCCCUGCGACAAAUGAAUAACCACAUGCUCACUCAAAAUAUAACAACAGAAAAACUUUAUAUAUAUUUAAAAUAUAUAUUUAAAACAUACACCCAUGUUAAAAAGAAGAAAACAAAAAUGAUCUAUAUAUUUUACAUACAGUGUUGACCUUUGAUGUUUGGGAGCCUUAAUGGGCACAUUUUCAAGCAAUGUUGUUUCACUGUACCAUGAAAUAAACUAAGAUUUGUAUAAUUGGGAGAGUUUUGCAAGUUGUACCAUGAGUUUUGUUAUGAAUCAAUAUUAAUCGUUUCUUAAUUGAAUAAAAAUAUGUGUACAUCUGAAAA